ACGCGCGCCCGCCGCGCCCCGGGCCCACCUCGUCUGCUGCAGCUUGGCUCGCUCCGGAGGCGCGACCGUAAACAAGUGCACCGGCCCGAGGGUGGGGGUGCCCUGCACCCCGCUUUCGGAGCAGCUGUCUCAGAGAUCCCGGCGAUGCUUACCGCGUUGCCAGCCUCUCGGCGGCAGGCUGGGGAAGACGCGACUUUUUCUCUUGACUUUUUUAGAACCACCAGGACACGCCACAGGCGUACAACGACGCUAUUGCUGCCCGCUCAGCCCUCCCCAGGCACUCCCAAAGGAUGUCGGAGAUAAAGAGUUCCAAAUCGUGACGAUCGGGCGCCGCAGCUAGGGAAGGGACAGAGGGAAAACAAAUAGCAAACAAACAAACAAACAAACAAAAAAACCUGCAAACGCCUGGAGCAAUGAAACCACCAAGAGGCUGCUGGAGCUGUUCAGAUACUAACUGAGGGGCCGCGGCGGGGAAGGCGGCCGGCUCAGCCAAAGGGGGACAGCGGCGGCGGGAUCCCAGCGCGGUGGUCGCCGCGGCGCCGGGGGGCGGAGGACAGCGCCGGAGCCCCCGCCGCCGCCGGGAGCAGCCGAGGGGCCGCUGCCACCUUCGCUCGCCCCCUCACUACCAUGUACAGUGUGCGCUGCAAGAAGAAGGCGAGCGAUGCACGCACAGCCUCGCGCCCCUCUGCCUCAGGAGGUAAAAUGCACACUUGCUGCCCCCCAGUAACUUUGGAACAGGACCUCCACAGAAAAAUGCAGAGCUGGAUGCUGCAGACUCUAGCGUUUGCUCUAACAUCUCUCGUCCUCUCGUGUGCAGAAACCAUCGAUUAUUAUGGGGAAAUCUGUGACAAUGCAUGUCCCUGUGAGGAAAAGGAUGGCAUUUUAACUGUGAGUUGUGAGAACCGAGGGAUCAUCAGUCUCUCUGAAAUUAGCCCUCCGCGUUUCCCCAUCUACCACCUCUUGCUGUCCGGGAACCUUUUGAACCGUCUGUAUCCCAAUGAGUUUGUCAAUUAUACCGGGGCUUCAAUUCUACACCUGGGCAGCAAUGUCAUCCAGGACAUUGAGACGGGGGCUUUCCAUGGGCUGCGGGGCUUGAGGAGACUGCAUCUGAACAACAAUAAACUGGAACUCCUGCGGGAUGAUACCUUUCUUGGCCUGGAGAACCUGGAGUACCUACAGGUCGAUUACAACUACAUCAGUAUCAUUGAGCCCAAUGCUUUUGGGAAGUUACAUCUGCUGCAGGUGCUUAUCCUCAAUGACAACCUCUUGUCCAGUUUACCCAACAAUCUCUUCCGUUUUGUGCCCUUAACGCACCUUGACCUGCGGGGUAACCGGCUAAAGCUCCUGCCCUACGUGGGGCUGUUGCAGCACAUGGAUAAAGUCGUGGAGUUACAGCUAGAGGAAAACCCCUGGAAUUGCUCCUGCGAGCUCAUCUCUCUGAAGGAUUGGCUGGACAGCAUCUCCUACUCAGCCUUGGUAGGGGACGUGGUGUGCGAGACCCCCUUCCGGUUACACGGUAGGGACCUGGAUGAGGUCUCAAAGCAGGAGCUCUGCCCACGCAAACUCAUUUCUGACUAUGAGAUGAGGCCGCAGACGCCUUUGAGCACCACGGGGUACUUACACACCACCCCAGCCUCGGUCAAUUCCGUGGCCACCUCUUCCUCUGCUGUUUACAAACCUCCCUUGAAGCCCCCUAAAGGGACACGCCAACCCAACAAGCCCAGGGUGCGCCCCACCUCUCGGCAGCCCUCCAAGGACUUGGGCUACAGCAACUAUGGCCCCAGCAUCGCCUACCAGACCAAAUCCCCGGUGCCUUUGGAGUGCCCCACCGCGUGCACUUGCAACCUGCAGAUCUCCGACCUGGGCCUCAAUGUCAACUGCCAGGAGCGCAAGAUUGAGAGCAUAGCUGAGUUGCAGCCGAAGCCCUACAAUCCCAAGAAGAUGUACCUGACAGAGAACUACAUCGCCGUGGUGCGCAGGACAGACUUCCUGGAGGCCACAGGGCUGGACCUCCUGCACCUUGGCAACAACCGCAUCUCGGUGAUCCAGGACCGCGCCUUUGCUGAUCUCACCAACCUGAGGCGCCUCUACCUGAACGGCAACAGGAUCGAGAGGCUGAGCCCUGAGCUGUUCUUCGGCUUGCAGAGCCUGCAGUAUCUCUUCCUGCAGUACAAUCUCAUCCGAGAGAUCCAGUCUGGCACUUUUGACCCUGUCCCGAACCUGCAGCUGCUUUUCUUGAACAACAACCUCCUGCAGGCCAUGCCUUCGGGCGUCUUCUCGGGCCUCACCCUGCUCCGGUUGAACCUGCGGAGUAACCACUUCACCUCCUUGCCGGUGAGCGGAGUCCUAGACCAGCUAAAGGCACUCAUCCAAAUCGACCUGCAUGACAACCCCUGGGAUUGCACCUGCGAGGUGGUGGGCAUGAAGCUGUGGGUGGAGCAACUCAAGGUAGGCGUCCUGGUGGACGAGGUUAUCUGCAAGUCGCCCAAAAAGUUUGCAGAGACCGACAUGCGCUCCCUCAAGUCGGAGCUGCUGUGCCCAGACUACUCAGACGUGGUUGUCUCCACGCCCACGCCCUCUUCCAUCCAGGUCCCUGCCAGGACCAGCGCGGUGCCGCCCGCUGUGCGUUUCAACAGCACAGGGGGCCCCGCGGGCUUGGGCGCGGGCGGAGGCCCAGGUGGGUCGUCCUCGGUGCCCUUAUCCGUGCUGAUCCUCAGCCUGCUGCUGGUCUUCAUCAUGUCGGUCUUCGUGGCCGCCGGCCUCUUCGUGCUGGUCGUGAAGCGCAGGAAGAAGACCCAGAGCGACCACACCAGCGCCAACAACUCCGACGUGAGCUCCUUCAACAUGCAGUACAGCGUGUACGGCGGCGGCGGGGGCGGCGCCAGCAGCGGCAGCGCGGGCGGCCACCCGCACGCACACGUGCACCACCGCGGGCCUGCGAUGCCCAAGGUGAAGACGCCCGCGGGCCACGUGUACGAGUACAUCCCCCACCCGCUGGGGCACAUGUGCAAAAAUCCCAUCUACCGCUCCCGGGAGGGCAACUCGGUGGAGGAUUACAAAGACCUGCAUGAGCUCAAGGUCACCUACAGCAGCAACCACCACCUGCAGCAGCAGCAGCCGCCGCCGCCGCAGCCGCCCGCGCCGCAGCCCCAGCAGCAGCCCCCGCCGCAGCUGCACCUGCAGCAGGGCGACGAGGAGAGGCGGGAAGGCCACCACUUGCGGAGCCCCGCCUACAGCGUCAGCACCAUCGAGCCCCGGGAGGACCUGCUGUCGCCGGUGCAGGACGCCGACCGCUUUUACAGGAGCAUUUUAGAACCAGACAAACACUGCUCCACCACCCCCGCCGGCAACAGCCUCCCGGAAUACCCCAAAUUCCCGUGCAGCCCGGCUGCUUACACUUUCUCCCCCAACUAUGACCUGAGGCGCCCCCACCAGUAUUUGCACCCGGGGGCAGGGGACAGCAGGCUGCGGGAACCGGUGCUCUACAGCCCCCCGAGUGCUGUCUUUGUAGAACCCAAUCGGAACGAGUAUCUGGAGUUAAAAGCAAAACUAAACGUUGAGCCGGACUACCUCGAAGUGCUGGAAAAACAGACCACAUUCAGCCAGUUCUAAAAGCAAAGAAAACUCCUCCCCUCCCCCUCUCCCACCCACCUCAAACACACCCCACCCCCCGGAGCGUUUGCAUUUAAAAACAAACAAGCGAGCAAGCCAACACACCGUGAACACAAGUGAUUGUGUUGUUUCAACAUUUAGGGUGAAGUGCCUUGGCACAGGAUUCUCAGCUUCAGGCAAAAGAUACUGAAAAGGGUGUGCGAUUUUUCCUUUUUCCUUUCACACAUGGGAAAUUUUUGUGUAAACCGGGCGCGUCAUCUUUUUCUCUUCCUGGCCUGUGGGGGAGGAGAGGAGAAGGGCUUGAUGUUGGCGAUUUGCUGCGAGGGUGACUUCUGAAACGUGGCAGUCAUUUUUGCUUGUUUAGGCGGUUUUUUUUUUUAAUUAUUGUUGUUAUUUUUAUUUUGUAAAGGUUGGAAGUGCUGAAAAAGGGUGGAAGAUAGCAUAGGUCCUACUCUUCCUCUUUCGCCCUUCCUACCCCUCACUGCCCUCUUUCCUCCUCUAAGCCAUGGGUGGGUCCAAAUGGCUUUUGUGGAGAGAUUAGCACACCCCAACUUUCCUAAGAAGUUUGUUCUCUCUCCCACCCCUCCACCCGCCGCUGUCCCCUACCCUCCUCCAGGCUCAUUCCUUUCCUUUGUUUUUAAAGGAUGUGUUUGUAUGCAUUCUGGACAUUUGAAUUAAAAAACAACAGCCCACAAAAAUAUUGUGAUCCUGAAAAGGAUUGCCGUAGAUGUGGACAAAUCAUUACAAUGACAGAGCUAUAUGAUCCAUAAUUGAUUAAUCAAAAUAACUUAUUGAUGAAAUAUACAAAUAUUUUAUUGUAGCACCUAUUUUUAUAUGCACAUUUAGCAUUCCUCUCUCCUUCACUAUUCAGCCUGUGAUUUUUGCAGAGGUGUGGCAUUGUAUGAACAGCUGCAUUUCCAAAUCCCAAGUGAAACCACACAA